AUGAAAAACCAAACAUUUCUGAGAGAAUUUGUCCUGCUAGGACUAACAGAUAUCCCGGAGCUUCAGACUGUAAUUUUUAUUCUUCUCUUCCUUACCUACAUAUUUAGCAUUUUAGGUAGUCUGACAAUCAUCACUCUCACACUACUGGAUUCCCACCUCCAGACUCCCAUGUAUUUCUUCCUCCGGAAUUUCUCCUUCUUGGAAAUUUCCUUUACAACCACUUUUACUCCUAGGCUGCUGGUCAGCACCUCUACUGGAAAUAAGGCCAUCAGUUUUGUUGGCUGCUUCACUCAGUAUUUCUUUGCUAUAUUCCUUGGUGCAACAGAGUUUUUCCUUCUGGCUGCCAUGUCUUAUGAUCGCUAUGUAGCCAUCUGCAAACCCCUACAUUAUACAACCAUCAUGAACAACAGGGUCUGUGUCCAGCUGGUUCCCUGCUGGCUGGGUGGGUUCUUAAUCAUUUUAUAUCCCAUCAUCCAGACCAGUCAGCUGGAUUUCUGUGCCUCCAAUGUGCUGAAUCAUUAUUGUUGUGACUAUGGACCCCUCAUAGAAAUAUCUCGCUCAGACACAAGACUCCUGGAGCUGGUUGACUUUAUCUUAGCAGUUGUGACCUUGGCUGUCACCCUGGUGCUGGUGAUUCUCUCCUAUACAAAUAUCAUCGAGACCAUUCUGAAGAUCCCUUCUGCCCAGCAAAGGAAAAAGGCUUUUUCCACAUGUUCUUCCCACAUGAUUGUUAUCUCUCUCUCUUAUGGCAGCUGCAUCUUCAUGUACAUAAAACCUUCAGCAAAAGAAGGAGUUGCCUUCAAUAAGGGAAUAGCUGUGCUCACUACAUUAGUGGCCCCUUUACUGAACCCCUUCAUUUACACUCUAAGGAAUAAACAAGUAAAACAAGCCCUUAAGGAUGUGGCCAGAAAGAUUAUGCAUCUUUAUUUACUUUAAUGCCCUCGAAAUCAACGGAAACGUUGAAUGAUAUUCAUGAAGAUCCUCCAACUGAUAAUUUUAGCUUCUGAUCCCUCCUUGUGUUAAAGUG